GAAAGUUGCGAGUCAGUUCCUCUCUUCUGUUUAGUGUGCGAGUUUGAUAUGUGAAUAUUUUUAACAUACACGUGUCUUUUAUGUUACUAUAAUUGAAGAAGAUAUAUAAUGAAAACGCGUAUAGUGGAUAGAUAACGGUAUGUCUUUGGGAAAAGACGAGUCGCGUGCUUUUGCUUCCGACAAGUGCAUUCACUAGCUUCAGUUAUUCUCAGCGACCGCCUGUGAAAACGUCGGCUUUCAAAUUGUUUUUAUAAUAUAAUUACAGUUAAGUUUUGAGUGUAAUUUUUUUUUUUUUCAUCUAUUUUGUUUAUAAUAAUUUUUCGGGCGUGUUUUUCACGCCCACGUGGUGAAAGAGCCGCGAAAGUAUUUUAGAGUGAAAAUUAUGGAUAGAUCUAGAUUGGCAUAUGUGACAGCAGCGGCUGUUGGCGCUGGUACAGCAUUUUUCUUUGUCUGGUGGUGGUGGACAAAAAGACAAAAAGAUCAACCACCAUCACGUUGGCGAAAAGUUGGCGAACUAAGUGAUUUAAUUUGUUUUCCCGUUAAAUCAUUGGGGCCAGUUAGAAUGAAUGCCAUGGAAUGUACCCCAUUGGGAUUAAAAUCCGGUUGGCUGAGAGAUAGAACCCUCAUGGUCAUCGAUCUCAAUGGGCAAUUUGUCACUGGCAGACAACUGCCCAGGAUGGUUCAGGUAUCGCCAAGUGUAUCGGAAUCGUAUUUGACAUUAAGAGCACCGGGAAUGAUGGCUGUGUCAAUUGAUCUUGCAAGGAUUCGGGGAAAAAGUUUUCGGGCCGCAGUUUGGGGCCAAGCGGUACACGCAUGUGAUUGCGGCGAAGAAGUUGCAAGAUGGCUAUCCCGUUUUCUUCUUCAAGAAGACGUUGGACUUAGACUCGUUUAUUAUCCGUUAGAUCGUCCAUCGCGAGAAGUGCGAACUAAAAACAAGAUCUUCCCGUUGGCUGAAACGAUCGACACGGGAGCAUAUCCUGAUGCAACUAGUUAUACAUUGUUAAAUGAAACGUCAUUAGCAGAUUUAAAUAAUCGUUUGGAGGAACCAGUAAAUACGUUAAAUUUCCGAAUGAAUUUUGUAGUGAAGGGAGCAGAGGUGUUGGAAGAGGAUUUUUGGGAUUGGAUAAAAAUUGGAAAUACGAUUUUUCGUAAUGUAAAGCCAUGCACGAGAUGCAUUUUUACGACAGUUGAUCCCGAAACUGGGAAAAAAAAUCCCAAAGUCGAACCUCUUAAGACACUCAAAGGGUACCGACAAAUAACGGAUCCUGAAAUACGUUCAGCGACAGGAGAGAGUCCUAUUAUGGGAAUUCACUUAGGAUUAAGAAGUAAAAAUAGCACAGUUCGCCUUGGUGAUCCUGUUUAUGUUAAUAUUUUGGAAAAGGAAGAAGCAAUUUUGAGUACGCCUCCAUAGCAUCAUCGAUGGGGUUCGUGUGAUGAAGAAAUUGUCCUCGAUACCGAGGACAUGGAGCAAAUUACUUGAUAAUUUGUAAUUUAUUAUUGAAUAUUUUACAAAUUGCAUUAAAAAAAAAAAAAAAACGGAUGAGAAACAUUUUUUAUACCAGUGGAAGAGAUUUUUUCUUCCACUUUUUUUUAAAUCGUAAAUCAAUAUUUUUUGAUAAAAUGGAUAAAAAGUACAAAUGUGAUUGAACAAUUUUUUAGUAUUUAAAAAAAAAAGUAAAUAAAUUACAAAAUAAGCAAAUAUAAACAAAAGUUCAAAUAAUUGCCGUGAGAAUUAUUUUCUUAAUUUGAAAAUUUAAAUCAUGGAUGAUAUUAAUGAAAAAUUAAGAAUUAAAUUUUUGUAAGAAAAAAAAAUGGUUUAAAACUUAAUUUAAUAAUUAUAUUAAUUAAACUGGCACUACAAUGACUUAUUGGUCGACAAUUAUUUGUACAAUAAAUAUAUAAUAACUUAUUAUAAAAAUUCAUAUAAUUGUUCGUGUAAAUAUCUUCACAUUGUUAUUUAUGUCUGUUGUACCAUUUUUGUUUUUAUAAUUUGAAGAAAUUGUCAUUUUUAAGACUGAUUUGAAAAAAUUUAAUCGUAAUUAUUAUAUUCUAUAUGCAAUUUUAUUAAAUUUAAAAAUUUGUUAAUAAACUCAGAGUUUAUUAAUCUAUUUGCACAAAUGUAUGAUAAAGUGUAAUAAAAUUUAAUGGAAUUGAAUAAAAAUUUAAUAAGAUUUGAUAAAAUUGAAUAGAAUUUAUUUUACCAAUUAAUUACAUUUUUUUUUUAUUAUAAUUAUAAAAUGUAAAUUAUUAAUAAAUUAUUCAUUUGUAAAUAAAUAAUUACUUAUAAAAAUUAUUAUUUGUAGAUUUUUUUUCACAAAUGAUAAAAUGUUUUAAAAAGGGUUUAAGAAAAACUCAAUUUUUCAAUUUUAUUACAAUAAUAUUAUGUAAAUAUUUAUUUACACUACAAAAUAACAAAGACCAUGUACACUGGGAAAUUAUUCUGUCAACUUAACUAAAAAAAAAAUAAAAAAAAAAAAAUAUGGUUCACACAAUUCAAGUGAUGUCGAAAUCUUUUUUUUGAAAAAUUUCCCAUACUAAAUAAGAUAUGUUUUUUUUUAAUUUGACAAUUUUCUUUUUUCCUUGGCAUCAAUUGGUUUAUUAUUAUUAUUAUUAAUCUAUAUAAUUUUUUUCAAUGGGUUUCCGAGCCUCCUUAGAUCUGCAUUAUUUUCUUCUGAUUUUUUAUCUACAGCCUUUUAACAAGAUUUUUAUCAUAAAAACAUGUCACAAUGGGAAUCUAUAAUAUGUAUAUUUAUAUUUAUAAUAAAUGGUAAAAACAAUCAAUGCCUGGCACUGUUGCAGCAAAUACUAUUUACAAGUUUUUGUCUUUCUGACUGAUUUUAGCCAUUACAGAAAUCUUUUUUCGAUUUUUUUUUUUUUUUUUUUUUUGAUAUUUCUUGAAUGAAAAAAUUCAAUUUUAAUAUAAAAUUGAGUAAUUAGAUUUUAUCGGUAAAUUUAAUUAUUUUAUAAAAUAAUCUGUCGUGAAGUAGUAAAAUUCUAUUUUUAUUUAAUGGAAUAAAAAAAUUAUUGUAAGUGAAUAAAAUUGUUUUUUAAAAGAUGGAAUCGAAGAAAGAUUUUUGUAAAUUACCAACGAACAACGCGACAACUAUCACAUAGUCUAGCAUACUUUUUCAAUAUUUUCGACGAGAAUCGAAAAUUUCUUUUUUGAAAAAGAUGUCAGACACCCCGCAGAUGAUCAGAUUAGUAAUUAAUAAUGACUACACUAUUACGCACAGCUUCUGAGCAAUUUCAUAUUUCAUUUAAGCCAAGAUAUUUUCAAUUUUUAAUAAUCUUUACUGACAAUUUUCUGUUUCUCUUUUUUUUUUUUUAAUGACCAUAAUGUAAGAGAUUUUACUUUAUUUAAAUUUAUUAAUAUUUUUAGUUGAUUUAAAAAUUGCGAAAUUAAAUUGAAGUAAAUUUUUAAAAAUAAUGUUUUAAACAAUUUUUUAAAUAAUUUUUUAAACAAUUUUAAAAAUUGUUUUUCUUUUCUUUAGUUUUUUAAAAAAAGUUUUACUGAAGUUUUAGAUGAACUUUUUUGUAAAAUUUAAAUUUACAAUUAUCUAUGAAUUAAAUUCUCUUUUGUAGUAAAUACAAACAAGAGAGAGAGAGAGUGUUUGAUAAAAAUAUGAAAGUUUCGUCGAAGUAAAAAUAGAAAAAUGGUGAAAUUAAAUAAAAAUUUGUGACGUUGACUGUUUUUGACGAAAUACUUUCGGGUGGUUUUUUUUUGGGGGGGGGGGGG